AUGUCAGAAUCCAAUCACCAGAACUCAAUGUAUGGCUCAGGAGGAGCCCCGCAGAGUAACCAAGUUGAGGAACAAGAAGACGACGUUGAAGAGUCCAUAGACAACCCUCACAUACGCUUCGAAGAUAGUAGCGCCAUUCCUCCCAAUCCACUGUACCUUACCAGCUCAGAAUACCCUCCGCCGGCGGCCACGAACGGCGGCUCUGAUCAGCUUACGCUGUCGUUUCAGGGCGAGGUUUACGUCUUCGACGAAGUUUCUCCUGAUAAGGUGCAGGCCGUACUACUACUUUUGGGCGGAUAUGAAAUCCCUUCUGGCAUUCCUUCAAUGGGGCCGGUUCCUCUUAACCAGCAAGGUAUGAAUGACUUACCUGUAAAACCAAUUCAACCGCAAAGAGCUGCAUCUUUAAGUCGGUUUCGUGAGAAAAGAAAAGAACGUUGUUUUGAUAAGAAAAUCCGUUACACUGUGCGAAAAGAAGUUGCACUCAGAAUGCAGCGUAAGAAGGGUCAGUUUACAUCAUCCAAGGCUAGUUGUGAUGAUGGGGGCCCUGCUUCAUCUGGUGCAGCACAGGGCUCUGGACAAGAUGAGAGCAUGCAGGAAACUUCGUGCAUGCACUGUGGGAUAAGCUCAAAAUCAACUCCAAUGAUGCGUCGUGGGCCAGCAGGUCCAAGGACUCUAUGCAAUGCAUGUGGGCUCAAGUGGGCUAACAAGGGAGUUCUAACAGGUGGUCAUAAGGUUUCAAAUAUAGUCAUGCAGGAUCCUUCUGCAAAGGGAAUUGAACAGGGUGAUGGCGAAGCUAAAGACUCAGUUGCUAUAACCAUGGGUGCCAACAUCGCCCCUUCCUCUAAUGGUGACAACUCAGCCAUGACUGUGGACAGGAAUUUAUGA